CGGCCCGGGCCAGUCCGGAGCGAAGGCGCGCGGAGCUGCAGCGUCUGGCUGAGAAUCCCCGGGAAAGUGUCGCGGCCCUGGAAGCAGCCUUUCCAGCGCAGGUGGACGCGACCCGCCGGAGCCACCAACCGCCGCCCCUCCCCCGUGGGGGUCUCGAGCUUGUGGAUGGGAGGCGCGGCUCGCGGGCCGGGGCGGAAGGAUGCGGGGCCGCCGGGGGCCGGGCUCCCGCCCCAGCAGCGGAGAUUGGGGGAUGCUGUCUACGAUACCUUCAUGAUGAUAGAUGAAACCAAAUGCCCACCCUGUUCAAAUGUGCUCUGCAAUCCUUCCGAACCACCUCUACCCAGAAGACUCAGUGUUACCACCGAGCAGCUGACGAGCGAGCAUACUCAGCACUUUCUGAAUGGAGGUGAGAUGAAGGUAGAGCAGCUGUUUCAAGAAUUCAGCAACAGCAGACCCGAUACUUUUCAGUCAGCUGGCAUCACCAACUCAGAAAAAUGCUCUCCUACCGUCUCUCAGGGCAGAAGUUCAGAUAGCUUGAACAUGGCAAAGUCCAGCAGUUCCUCCAAAGCACCCAGAAUGGUGCCUUUGACUCCAGAACAAGCCCUGAAGCAAUAUAAACACCACCUCACUGCUUAUGAGAAGCUGGAAAUCGUCAAUUAUCCAGAAAUUUAUUUUGUGGGUCCAAAUGCCAAGAAAAGACACGGAGUUAUUGGUGGUCCCAAUAAUGGGGGGUAUGAUGAUGCAGACGGGGCCUAUAUUCAUGUACUUCGAGACCACCUAGCUUAUCGAUACGAGGUGCUGAAAAUUAUUGGCAAGGGGAGUUUUGGGCAGGUAGCCCGGGUCUACGAUCACAAGCUUGGGCAGUAUGUGGCCCUGAAGGUGGUGCGCAGUGAGAAGCGCUUCCGUCGUCAAGCAGCAGAGGAGAUCCGGAUUUUGGAGCAUCUCAAAAAACAAGAUAAAACUGGUAGCAUGAAUGUUAUCCACAUGCUGGAAAGUUUCACGUUCCGGAACCAUGUUUGCAUUGCCUUUGAAUUGUUGAGCAUAGACCUUUAUGAGCUAAUUAAAAAAAACAAGUUUCAGGGUUUCAGCGUCCAGUUAGUGCGCAAGUUUGCCCAGUCCAUCCUGCAGUCCCUGGAUGCUCUCCACAAAAAUAAGAUCAUUCACUGCGACCUGAAGCCAGAAAACAUUCUCCUGAAACACCACGGGCGCAGUGCAACCAAGGUCAUUGACUUUGGGUCCAGCUGCUUCGAGUACCAAAAGCUUUACACGUAUAUCCAGUCUCGGUUCUACAGAGCUCCAGAGAUCAUCUUAGGAAGCCGCUAUAGCACGCCCAUUGACAUCUGGAGUUUCGGCUGCAUCCUUGCAGAACUUUUGACAGGACAGCCUCUCUUCCCCGGAGAGGAUGAGGGAGACCAGUUGGCCUGCAUGAUGGAGCUUCUCGGGAUGCCGCCACCAAAACUUCUGGAGCAAUCCAAACGUGCCAAGUACUUUAUUAAUUCCAAGGGCCUACCUCGCUAUUGCUCUGUGACCACUCAGGCCGAUGGGAGGGUUGUGCUUGUGGGAGGCCGCUCACGUAGGGGUAAAAAGCGGGGUCCCCCAGGCAGCAAAGACUGGGUAACAGCACUGAAAGGGUGUGAUGACUACUUGUUUGUAGAGUUUUUGAAGAGGUGUCUUCAUUGGGAUCCCUCUGCCCGCCUGACCCCAGCUCAAGCAUUAAGACACCCUUGGAUCAGCAAGUCUGUGCCCAGACCUCUGACCACAGGAAAGGUGGCAGGGAAACGGGUGGUACAUCCUACAAAUGCUUUCCAGGGACUUGGUUCCAAACUGCCUCCAGUUGUUGGAAUAGCCAGCAAGCUUAAAGCUAACCUAAUGUCGGAAGCCAAUGGUGGUAUACCUCUGUGCAGCGUGCUGCCAAAACUGAUUAGCUAAUGGACAGCAGUGUACUCAGAAAUGCAUAUACGUGUAUUUUGAAUUAUUUUGCAAACCUGCAAAUGGAAGAAAAAAAAAGUACUAGCCCAUCAGUGGAUAUGUUUUGUUAGACUAGACUUCUUUUUUUAACAGGCAAAACAUUUUUAUAUGACUGUAAAAACUCUUCAAGGGCUGAUUACCUAACCAGCUUGUAUUGGCCAUCCUGCAAUAUACAUUAAAUGAGUUUUUAUAGGUCAAUG